GAGCUGCCGCCGAUCUCUCCCGCCGAGCCCGAGAUCCUAGUCAUGAGGGGAUGUCAGUAUGGCAAAUUCAUCGCUGAUUGUGACAAGGACAACGAGUUUGCGGUACUGGUAGUGGCAUUUCAGAAACUAGUUUUCUGCUCUUACUGCGUGGUCAUGCUGCGAGCAGGCGUAUCGAAGAAAGCAACCAACGAUAUGAUGAGACGGUACACCGGCGAGAAAAAAGACGAUCUGACCUUGGAAAAGGAUCGGAAUGUGAGCCGAACUCCGGCACAAUUUGGCCGGUUUGCCGCCCACGACGCAGACGGUUACUUCACUGUGGCCGACCGGUUGGGGAGGGCAGAGAUCCCUCCCUGGGAACCCGGGUGGAUGCCGUAUUGCCUUCCCUGUAUCGUGCACCACCUCACAGGGUAUACCGUCCAGUAA